AUGAAGACAAGCCAUUGGCAAUAUAGGAGGCCCACAAAGCAGCACAUGAGCUGGGACUACUUUGAGUUGCUGAAUCUUUACCGCGCAAUAACUUUCGCAGGACUGAGUUACCUCAGCGGUGACGGUUUGCCAGAGGAUGACUUGGUGAUUGAGCAGUUUUAUACUCUGAAAAAGGACUAUAUAAAGAAGUUUGAGCCUCUGGCCGUUUAUCAAAUGUAUAGGGCACAAGUUCAGCGUACUCUGUUGCUAGGGGUAAAUCAUGAUUGGAUGACCUCCUUGCUGAGCAUAGUUUUCCGGCUGUUGCGCGCAGAGGCGUGUAUUCCUCAUGAGAAGAUAAUGGCAGUCAUAAAUAACUUAACAAACCACGUCCACGAAUACAUCAAGGAAAAUGCAGAACACAGGAUAUCUGGCUUUCUUGAGCGGUGGUCCCUUUCUAAUAAUGUUUUGCCUUCUCGCUGUCCGUCGGCCCACUUCAAACGCACCACAAGGGAACGAAUUUAA